CGAACGUGCUCUCCUCGGCGCUGGACAACACACAGACCGGACCAAGAAGUCCUCCCCCUCUCCUCCCUCACAGUGGUGAUCGAUAGUCUCACGGAACCAGGAUUGAUUACGAUUUCGAAAGUGAUCCGCCGAUUCUGAGGAAGACAGUGCCCUUCGAUUUUCACGAUGGCGCAGGUCAUACAGAGAAUAUACGAUGGCUACAGAGAUCUCAUGGACAACAAGAGUGACCCGAGGGUGAACGACUGGAUGCUGAUGAGCAGCCCGUUCCCCACUCUGGCCAUCUGUCUCUCCUACGUUUAUUUCGUGAAAGUGUUGGGUCCCAAGCUGAUGGAGAAUCGGAAACCUUUUGAUCUCAGGAGAGUGAUGAUAUUCUACAACCUCUUCCAAGUGAUCUUCUCCACGUGGCUGUUCACCGAGUCCUUGGUGUCCGGAUGGGGAGGUCAAUAUUCGUUCCGUUGCCAACCGGUGGACUACUCGAACAAUCCGCUGGCGGUACGAAUGGCCCACGGUUGCUGGUGGUACUACUUCUCGAAAUUCACCGAAUUCGCGGACACGAUCUUCUUCGUUCUGAGGAAAAAGAACAAUCACAUCUCGACUCUGCACGUGAUCCAUCACGGAUGCAUGCCCAUGUCCGUUUGGUUCGGCGUCAAGUUCACUCCUGGCGGUCACUCGACCUUUUUCGGUCUCCUGAACACGUUCGUCCACAUCGUGAUGUACUCGUACUACCUUCUGGCUGCUCUCGGCACAUGGAUCCAGCCGUAUCUCUGGUGGAAGAAGUACCUGACCAGCCUGCAGAUGGUCCAGUUCGUUCUUGUGAUGAUCCACGCGUUCCAGCUGUUAUUCAUCGACUGCAACUACCCGAAGGCGUUCGUCUGGUUGAUCGGUUUACACGCCGUAAUGUUCUAUUUCCUGUUCCGCGACUUCUACGUCGAGGCAUACAGGAAGAGAAAAACAUCGUUGUCGUUGAAAAAAAAGGAGGCGGAGGCGGCCGCGGCCAGGGAAAAGAGCAGAAAAGAACAGAUCGAAUCGACGUCAACCGGUGUCGCCGAUGCGAAGGAGAACGGCUCGAUGUACGCGAACCAGUACAAAAUGGCGACCGGUUACAUCUCGGACAACGGGCUGAGGAAUCGUGUGUUCAUCGACAACCGGGGUUUCAAAGAGUAAACUCCCUCGAUCCUCCUCCCCCUCCCAGUAUCGUGAGGAUCAGAAGCGCUCAAGCCGUACAGAGUCCCGAAUUCACCGAUCGUUUGCUAAAUCGGUGACGUCUGUCCGCUGGAUUCUUCGUAAAACUUUAUCCAUACAAACACAUCGUGGGUAUACAAUACGUAUGUAUAUCAAAGAUAUUUCGUCGAGGACGUCUGGAAUGAUCGCUCGCGACCAGUCCUGUGGCCCAACGAGAGAGCGUUCCCUAUCCUCGAAUCUCUCUAGGCCAGCCGACUGGCACGCCGGUUAUUAUCCUGCACGCAGGAUCCGUGCGUACGAAAUGACCAUUUUCACGCUUUCUGUGCGUGCGUGUGCCUGAGCGUGUGUGUAUAUGUGUAUGCAUGUUUGUCCCGUCGUGGAUAUGAAUGUACCAAAAUGACCGCGCAAGUUUUAGGGUAAGAACGAGACAAAGAAACGUAGCAAAAGCAGCGAAUCACCGUGUCGCUAUUUCUUCGAGUAGCAUCCGAGUUAAGCCAGAUUCAUAUCAGCGAUCAAAGGUACGGUUCGAACACGCUCAAUCUGAAUUUAGGGUUACGUGUGAUUGAUAAAGGCCGCUGCCUGAUUUUGACGUGAUCUGACCGUAGCGUGACAGCUAGUGUGAAUUCGGCUUUACAGGGUUCGAUGCACAUAAUCGAUACGCGACGUCGUUACGAUUUCAUUUUCACAAAGAUUCCCAGCGUGCGUACGAUAAUUGAUGGUAGCGGCACUGCUAUGAAAGAACGACAUACACCGUAUCGCUGGUGCGUAUCGAGUCUUCGAGAUAAGAGGAUUGGAAAAUUUUAAUCUUAAGUUCCUCACUUGUAAAUUUAGCAGUAGUGUUUCCGAUCGAUCCGCAAGAUCGAGCACGUUACGCCGAGCCAGUGAUUCGUUUCGAUACGAAACGCUGCACCCUGUACACAUACCGAUUUUACGAAUCUCAUCGCAGACACGUCGCCGCGACGUUCCAAUUGCUCAAAUCACUCGAUUAACUCCUGCCCUCGUAACUUCGUUACAUCGAGAGAGUUAUCUUCCAUUGUAAUGCGUGAUCGCGACGUGGAUUCGAUGACAGCCAAAUUGGUUAUCGUAAGGCUAAAGGUUUCAUAGACAACGGUUUCAGCCGGAAGACCGAGUUCAUCCUUUUCAAAUUGUUGUUGUACGUGUUCCAUUGAUUCUCAAGGGAAAUGUAAAACUCCACUGAACGCCCAGAUUAAUACCGAAAGGAAUCACUCCACCCGGGCAUUACGGAACAAUGGACAAAUUACAUCCGCGAAGGAAUCGUCAACAUCGUGUCGAUCGUAGACGGAGUCCAUUUCGCAGAACUUUCGUAACGUACGAACCACGCCAUGGAACGAUAAAACCGAAACGUUUGCAUACUUGGUCGAUUCUUCUGACGCAACACUUUUUUCAUCUUUAGAAUCAUUAAUUUUUGUUUAAGGAAAAAUUGUUGUUAAACCGUGAGAAUGUGUGGAACGUGGUGCCCCCGAUUCGAACAAAAGAAAAGAGUUGCAUACUCAACGUGAUGAGUAACUCACUUUCAACAUGUAGAAUAAGUGAUUUUGUAUGAUAUGGACAACUCGUUGCUGACAAAAAAUGUAUUUAUUUUAC